AUGUUAAAAAAGUUGCUUAUUAUCAAUUUUCUAGCCGUGUUAUGCGACGCGUCGCGCCAAAGAAGAUACUUGGUUUAUCCAGACGGAGGACCCGCCAGGGCUCAGUUGAUUGUAGGUCUCGGUGUACCUGUUGACUUAAAAGAAGCGUCAGUUACAGUUGGUACCGUAAUAAAAUUUCAAUAUGAUUUACCGACAAACAGCUCAGAAUAUACGAGUCGCAUAUAUGGAUUUGCUGAUACUGUAUCGAGAGACAUGGAUGCUGAUGAAAAAGAAGAAGUAAAACAAGAAAAAAAUGAUGGUAGAGAAAUAUCUGAGAAUGAUUUAAAUGAUGAUAAUGAUACACUGGUAGAUAUUACUUUCAACGAUAGGCGACGGAGAGCUCUUCUAUAUAGCGAAGGAAAUGUAAUUAAGGAUAAUGAUAUGAAAACGGAACUUCCCUUAGAUGAAGCUAUAAAGAGACAAGAGUUAAUUGAUCAACAUAACCUUCAAGACGAAGAACCGCAGAGGAUGAACAGAUGGGAUCUGUAUAAAAUUAUUGAGCAUAUGAUAGCAAGAUACGGCUAUUCAGGUAGGCCAUGCUUGCUGCGAACCAUAUGUGAGGCGGCGGAGGUGCCUUUUACCUAUGAAAACGGUUUGCUCGGCGAAAUUGGCCAUAUUUUAUUCACACCAUCAAGUACCAAGGAUACUCUAUCCCAUCACACAGAUAACGAGUACCAUGCAGCAGAGAGACUCGGUCGAUCUAUAAGAGAUGUGGGGAACUGUGAGAGCUUGUUCCCUGAGUGUGAAUCUUCUGUCUUGGACACUUUCACAGAAAUCGGAAUGGACACACUGCAUAAAUUUGGCCUGUAUUAA